GUGGAACACACGGGAAACUACGGAGCUCACGAGGUAGCAUUAGCUCCUCUUAGAAGGUAGUUUGAAAACAGGUUUGGUGUUUUCGGUAAAUAUUUCCGUGUUUUCAGUGAAAAUGUCUUCAGUUCCGCCUCAGAGAGAGUUUAUCAACGAGCAGGUAACUCCUGCUGGAGAAACAUUCACAGAGUUUAAAGAAAUCAACGUUAAGAUGGAGGAAGAGAUGGAGGAUCAGCGCAGACUGAUGGAUUUUACCCGGAUACCGAGGAUCAUCUUACACCGGAUAGAUCUCCCACAAUGUUGUGUGUGUAAAGAGGAGGAGGUUCUCAAUGAAACAGAACCACAGAGGAACCAACUCAUCUCUCAUGGCUCUGCAGAAGCUGAGAGCCAGAAUCAGGAAGGAAUCAAGUCUGAAGACCCAGGAAAAAAGAGAAAGGAAGAACAGAAACAAAAGGAGAAAUAUGAGAAAACCAAAGAGCAGAAAGGCAGAACUGACACUUCAAAACAAAAAAAGCACAAGAAAGCUCACACAGGGCAAGAAUUACAUUCUUGUAAAAUUUGUGAUGAAACCUUUUCUCAAAAAGAUAUCUUGCUGAGACACAUAAGAAUUCACAAAGAUGAGCGGCCUUUUUCUUGUGGGACUUGUGGAAAGAUUUUCUCUCGGAAAGGCCUUCUAAAUGCUCAUAUGAAAGUUCACAAAGGUGAGAAGCCCUUCUCAUGUGGGACCUGUGGAAAGAGUUACAGUGAAAGAGGGCCUUUAACUCAGCACAUGAGAAUUCACACAGGUGAGAAGCCUUUCGCUUGUGGGUCUUGUGGAAGAGGUUUCUCACUAAAAACUCAUUUAAAUGCUCAUAUGAAAGUUCACACAGGUGAGAAGCCCUUCUCAUGUGGGACCUGUGGAAAGAGUUACAGUGAAAGAGGGACUUUAACUAAUCACAUGAGAAUUCACACAGGUGAGAAGCCUUUCUCUUGUGGGUCGUGUGGAAAACGUUUCUCUCAACAAGGUCAUUUAAAUGUUCACAUGAGAAUUCACACAGGUGAGAGGCCUUUCUCUUGUGGGUCUUGUGGAAGAGGUUUCUCCCUAAAAACACAUUUAAAUGCUCAUAUGAAAGUUCACACAGGUGAGAAGCCCUUCUCAUGUGGGACCUGUGGAAAGAGUUACAGUGAAAGAGGGACUUUAACUAAUCACAUGAGAAUUCACACAGGUGAGAAGCCUUUCUCUUGUGGGUCGUGUGGAAAACGUUUCUCUCGCAAAGAUUAUUUAAAUGUUCACAUGAGAAUUCACACAGGUGAGAAGCCUUUCUCUUGUGGGUCUUGUGGAAGAAGUUUCUCUCGCAAAGAUUAUUUAAAUGUUCAUAUGAAAAUUCACACAGGUGAGAAGCCCUUCUCAUGUGGGACCUGUGGAAAGAGUUACAGUGAAAGAGGGACUUUAUCUAAUCACAUGAGAAUUCACACAGGUGAGAAGCCUUUCUCUUGUGGGUCGUGUGGAAAACGUUUCUCUCGCAAAGAUUAUUUAAAUGUUCACAUGAGAAUUCACACAGGUGAGAAGGCCUUCUCAUGUGGGACCUGUGGAAAGAGUUACAGUGAAAGAGCGCCUUUAACUCAGCACAUGAGAAUUCACACAGGUGAGAAGCCUUUUGCUUGUGGGAGCUGUGGAAAAAGUUACAGUAAGAGAAGUUAUUUAUCUCGUCACAUGAAGACUCAUUCUGAUGAGAAUCCAUAGGUCUAAAACAGAUCCGAUCCAAUUUGGCAUCUAAUCUUAUGGAAAAUCUGGUCAGAUGAUGUAAACAGCAAGUUGAACAUAUUAAAGUCAACAGAUUCUUCCAGGCUGCUAGUGAUUCACUGUGAUUGUGUCUUUCACUGUCUGACCAAGAUAAACCUGAGGUCUACUUUUGCCUAGCAGCUUGUUUUCCUUAAUCCAGUUUUUUGUUUUAAUUCUCAGUCGUAUUUGUACUUAAGAUCCCCAUCAGUAUCCCAUUAGAUACUGAAGUUAAAGAGAGGAACACAUUCAGACAGGACUAAUUUCUGUGCAUUUCAGUUUUCAUGGAGUUCUGUACCAUGUAGAAUAAUUGAGUUUAGCUUUUAUUUGAAGUUUCUGUGCAUGACUGGAUGUAAAAUACUUUAGAAAUGAAAGCAGUGAAAUGUUCUUGUUUUUCCAUAAAUAAAACUCUGAUGUUUGUUUGAAAAAAAUCUCUAAAAUAAUUUUGAUCUGGUCAGAUUUUGAUUUAGAGCUAACCACAGAGAGGUUUCUAUGUUCCCAAAUUUUUGUCAUUGUUACACUUUGCUAUGAGAAGCAAAGUAUAUUAUUAAAAAGGUUUGUUAAAAUAUACACUAGUAUUUUGAGCAGAAUAUGCUUUUUAAUAACUGUUGAUGUGAAUAAAUAUUGAUGGAUUAUUCAGUGA